GCCCGGCGCCGAGCGCGCCUGCUGCCCGCUGGCCUUCAGGGUGGAUCCGUUCACCGACUACGGCUCUUCGCUCACCGUCACGCUGCCGCCCGAGCUGCAGGCGCACCAGCCCUUCCAGGUCAUCCUGCGCUACACCUCCACCGACGCCCCCGCCAUCUGGUGGCUGGACCCAGAGCUGACCUACGGCAAUGCCAAGCCCUUCGUCUUCACCCAGGGCCACUCCGUGUGCAACCGCUCCUUCUUCCCGUGCUUUGACACACCCGCCGUGAAGUGCACCUACUCAGCCGUUGUCAAGGCCCCAUCAGGGGUGCAGGUGCUGAUGAGCGCCACCCAGAGUGCGUACGUGGAGGAGGAGGGCGUCUACCGCUUCCACAUGGAGCACCCUGUGCCCGCCUACCUCGUGGCCCUUGUGGCCGGAGAUCUCAAGCCGGCAGACAUCGGGCCCAGGAGCCGCGUGUGGGCUGAGCCAUGCCUCCUGCCCACGGCCACCAGCAAGCUGUCGGGCGUGGUGGAGCAGUGGCUGAGCGCGGCUGAGCAGCUGUACGGGCCAUACCUGUGGGGCAGGUACGACAUCGUCUUCCUGCCCCCGUCCUUCCCCAUCGUGGCCAUGGAGAACCCCUGCCUCACUUUCAUCAUCUGCUCCAUCCUGGAGAGCGACGAGUUCCUGGUCAUCGACGUCAUCCAUGAGGUGGCCCACAGCUGGUUCGGCAACGCCGUCACCAAUGCCACGUGGGAGGAGAUGUGGCUGAGCGAGGGCCUGGCCACCUACGCCCAGCGCCGCAUCACCACGGAGACCUACGGUGCUGCCUUCACCUGUCUGGAGACAGCCUUCCGCCUGGAUGCCCUGCACAGGCAGAUGAAACUUCUUGGAGAGGACAGUCCAGUCAGUAAGCUGCAGGUCAAGCUGGAGCCAGGAGUGAAUCCCAGCCACCUAAUGAACCUGUUCACCUAUGAGAAGGGCUACUGUUUUGUGUACUACCUGUCCCAGCUCUGCGGAGACCCCCAGCGCUUUGAUGACUUUCUCCGAGCCUACGUGGAGAAGUACAAGUUCACCAGCGUGGUAGCCCAGGACCUACUGGACUCCUUCCUGAGCUUCUUCCCCGAGCUAAAGGAGCAGAGUGUGGACUGCCGGGCAGGGCUGGAGUUUGAGCGCUGGCUCAAUGCCACGGGCCCACCACUGGCCGAGCCGGACCUGUCUCAGGGAUCCAGCCUGACCCGGCCUGUGGAGGCCCUUUUCCAACUGUGGACUGCGGAGCCCCUGGACCAGGCAGCCGCCUCGGCCAGUGUCAUCGACAUCUCCAAGUGGAGGACCUUCCAGACGGCGCUCUUCCUGGACCGGCUCCUGGAUGGGUCCCCGCUGCCCCAGGAGGUGGUGAUGAGCCUGUCCAAGUGCUACUCCUCCCUGCUGGACUCCAUGAACGCCGAGAUCCGCAUCCGCUGGCUGCAGAUCGUGGUCCGCAACGACUACUAUCCUGACCUCCACAGGGUCCGGCGCUUCCUGGAGAGCCAGAUGUCGCGCAUGUAUACCAUCCCGCUGUAUGAGGACCUCUGCACCGGUGCCCUCAAGUCCUUUGCGCUGGAGGUCUUCUACCAGACGCAGGGCCGGCUGCACCCCAACCUGCGCAGGACCAUCCAGCAGAUCCUGUCCCAGGGCCUGGGCCCCAGCGCAGAGCCCAGCACAGAGCGAGCUGGUGAUGGAGCAGAUGCAGACACAGACUCUGACUCACCGGCUCUGCUGCUUGGGGAUGAGGCCCCCAGCAGUACCAUUUCACUCAGGGACGUCAACGUGUCCGCCUAGCCCUGUUGGUGGGCUGACCCUCGACCUCCCAGACACCACGAUUGUGCCUUCUGUGGUCCGGGCCUGCCAUGACUGCACCUUGGCUGUGGCCACGAGCUCCACCCGGGCCCAUGAGCCCUUUCCACGGGCUCUCUCAGGCAGGGGCAUGGGGAGAGGGACCUCCUCGUGUCCAGCAGAGGCCCGUGGGCCUGGGCCCCCUCAGCUCUCUUGCACUGCAGGCCCUGGGGCCAGCCCGUACACACCACGCCUCCUGUCUCAACACUGACGGCUGUGCCUCGCCCUGGAUGCCAGCACCUGCUGGAUGCUGCCCCUGGGGGCAACAGUCCCAGCAGUCCCACGGCCACCACCACACCGUGCCUUAUGUCUGCCAGGAGGCCCAGGCUGCAGUGUCCUUGGUGCAUGCCUCCUUGCAGGGUUCUGAGCCGUCCCCUCCCACAGAGCCCUGCACCCCACCCCCGGGGUUGGCAGCCUCAGCCCCUGGCAGAGGGAAAAGGACACAGAUAUUCCUUUGUUGUGGAGCAGGGAACACAAAGAGGAUGGGCAAAUCUGGGGAGGGCCCCCCAGGCCCACAGAAAGCCUUAGCCCCUCAGGACAUGGGGUCCCAGGAUCCAGGAAGAGUGUGGGGACAGGAUGGCCUGUCUCUUGUGGCUGCCUGGGGGGUGGGAAGUGCAGGUGCACAGCAGUGCCCCAGGAAAGGAAAGGAAGGUGGGGCCCGUGCUCCUUUAGGCCCACCUAAGGGAGGGCCUGGGGUCUCCAGCCUAGGGCUGCUACAAUGGGGUAUCAUGGUGAUUGUCCCAUUAAACCUCCACUCUGCAAACCUGA